AAGACAACUGGCCAUUUCUGUUGUACGGCUUUAUUUUUUUAAGCGACACAAUUUGUACAUGUUUAUUAGUGACAAAGUUCAAAAACAUGAAAAGAAAUCACUUAAACAAAACACUUCAGCUUAACCGGCUAAAAAUAUACGUAAGAUCACAAGCAUUUCUGCCUGGAACGCAGCCUGGGGGUGGGACUAGCCGUAGCCUCCGAGCAGUCUGAUUGGUCAGUUUAACUUGUCAUCAGAGAUUCCGGAUGUCUGCUGUGUAACUGGGAUGGUAUCAUGGAGAGAGACAAUCAUCAAGAAGGAGAAGCAGAGGGAGUGAAUAUUGGUAAUCCACCCUCGGAGAGCAAUCCACCUGCUGACACCUUGGCGACUUCUCUGUCCCUCUUGGGGAAUCACAUGUUUCCUGAUCCAGUGGAGAGAAAUGGCAGUACCACUGUUGACACAGAGGAGCCUGCGGAGUCGCUCUCAUCAGUUAUUGUAGCAGAAGAACAGAGCCUGGAUGCAGAGCCCCAUUCUAACCAGGUAACAAAGCUAGAGACUGAGGAGACAGAAAACUCUGAGUGUCUGAACAAUGCGUCCAAGCAGCCCUCUAACAAAGGACCUGAGGAUGCUGCCACUGACAAUGACCAGUGCGACUCUGGGGAGUUUGUUGUUGCAAUGCUGGCGAAGGCCAAGCUGGAGGAGCAAGGUAUAGGUGUGAAAGGAAGGUCAUCCCCGUUGUUGGACGCGGGCACCCAGGAGUCACCUGCGUUUAUGUCCCAUCGUGAUGAAGACGUGACAGCAGAUAGCUGGCGACAGCACAGGAAGCAUGUUUUUGUGCUAAGUGAAGCAGGCAAACCCAUCUAUUCCCGAUAUGGCAGUGAAGAAGCUCUUUCAUCUACAAUGGGAGUCAUGAUGGCCCUGGUUUCAUUUGUUCAAAGUGGAGAUAAUACAAUCCGCUCAGUCUAUUCAGAGGAGCACACUGUGGUGUUCUUGCAGAAAGGGCCUCUAGUGCUGGUGUGUGUUUCCAGCAGUCGUCAGUCUGAGCGGCAGCUGCGUGGUGAGCUCCUCUAUGUGUACUAUCAGAUCAUCAGCAUGCUCACCCAAGCCAGCAUAUCCCGCAUCUUUGAACACAAGAAAAACUAUGACCUGAGGAGACUCCUGGCAGGCUCAGAGAAGAUCCUGGAUGGUCUUCUCAAUCUGGUGGAUUCUGACCCCAGCUUCCUGCUCGCAGCAGUACACUGCUUGCCUCUAGCUUCCUCUCUCAGGGACUCACUCAGCCAGAUCCUGCAGAAAGCAAUUACCCCCAAUCUGGUUUUCUCCAUCCUCAUCGCCAAGAACCAGCUGCUCACCAUUGUCCAAGAAAAGACAGUCAUAGAGGAUACGAGGCUGGAGCCUGCUGACGUCCACCUCCUGCUCAACCUCAUCGGAGCCUCCUCUGCCUUUCAGGCUGGGGAGAUCUGGACUCCCAUCUGCCUCCCUCUGUUUAAUCCUGACUGUUACUUUUAUGCAUACAUUUCAUACCUGGACCCUCCAGAAUGCACUGUUUGUCUGUUGCUGCUCUCAACAGACAAGGAAGCUUUCUAUGCUGUAGCUGAGUGCAAGAGGAAGAUAGAGGAGGCUAUGGUGGCUCAGAACUCCCUGAGCCUCAUCGCCAAAGUCCAGUCGUACAGUGUGAACCAGGUGGGCGUCUCAGACCUCAGACACUUCAUGUACAAGCCCUUUGAUGUGCCAGAUAACUACCGCCAGCUCACUCAGUUCACCAGCCCGGAGAUGGAAGCACCUUACAGCAGUGAAGAGGAGAAAAUGAGACUGCUGGAUCUUUAUCGUUACAUGCACAGUCGGAUCCACAGCACCUCACGACCCCUCAAGCUCAUCUACCAUGUCGCUGAGAGGGAAACUCUGCUGGCAUGGGUAACGAGUAAAUUUGAGCUGUACACCUGUUUCAGCCCUCUGGUGACAAAGGCAUGCGCCAUAACUGCUAUCACUAAGCUUCUUCGGUGGAUUAAAAAGGAGGAGGACCGUCUCUUUAUCAGAUACCCCCCAAAGUAUUCAACCACCCCAAACCCCAGCAAGAGCUCCCGAGGUGGUAAAUCUGACCAGCAGGACUCCACAGAUAAUGGCUUCUUAUCUCUGCUAUAGGACUCUCUUAGUGUUGCUAUAGUUGCUCUGCCUCAUUCAGUAAUAGUUUGUACACUGGUUCCAAGGUAUUUUUGAACCCUCUUUUGACACUUGUUGGAACUGACAGACUUUGAGUACUGGAAUCAAACACUACGUUUUACACUAUUUAAGAAAGAACGACCUCUUUAAAACUAGUAUUAUUUCUUUAACAAGAAAGGAUUUCAUUGCAUCACUGCUUUCGAUUUGAAAGAGUCAGGGCAAAACAGCAGUAGUACGUUUUAAACUGUGGGAGAAAAUAAUUGCAAAGAUAUUUAAAUGUUUUUAUAUUGUUUUAUUACUGCAACAAGAGAAAAACAUUUCCUCACGGACAGUGAAUGUAUCACACAGGUAACAGUUCAUUCAUAAUGUAUGUGAUAACUCUUCAUAAGCUAAGACGAGGGGUAAAAUUCACUCAGACCAGUUCUCACUAGUAGAUAUCUUUCGUGACAAAAGAACUUCCCAAUGUUACAAACAGGGUAUGCAGGAAAAGAAAGUAUUUUAUGUUUUGGUCUCAACAUAAACUGGAAUAACAGCUAGAUAUGCCAGAACAGGGACGGACCCCCAUGUGUCAUACAGUAUGACUGAACAAUGUGUCCUCUGUGUAUUUGGUUCCAAAUCCUUGUGAUAGAACUUCAAAACAAAUGUGUUGUUUCAUAUCCCCCAAACAUUUAAACUCUUAUUAAGAUGAUUCAUGUUACAUUUUUUGCAGAAAACAAGUAGGAAAUUCCAGCCUGUUACACCUGAUCACUCAACAUAAUCAUCACUGUCAUUGUUGUCACUGCUAGGAGUAAAACCUUGUUUGUUUGAACAUCAGCUGUUAAGCUAAGAAGAUGAGCUGCUGAGUGUUUUUUUUCCUCCAGAAACCUCUAGUACGAUUAUCAGCUGACACUGACAUGUAGUCACUUCAGGCGACUUAUCUUUUUGGAUUAAUAGUUUUGUAAAGAUGAUCUACAAAGAGUAGCCUCAUCCUUUGGGUAAUUUUCUGUCAAUUCAAGUCUUAAAGAGUGUGUCAGUAGUACUUAAAUAAAUCCCAGGUUGCACAAAUCUACACUUGUCUUAAUGAAGUAGAGAUGUUGUGAAUAAGCUUCAUUUUUUGUCUACGAGGUAAUGACAAAUUACCAUUAAUGCUUGAUUUUGCAAUUAGUAAUUUCUGUUUUUCUUGGAAAUAACUAUGUCAUUUGGUGCUAAUUACAGCUAAAAUACUGAGAGUUGGUCGAUUUCCCGUUAAUUAUUUGUGUCACCUUGAAUCUUUUGGUUGGUAAGCUGAACAUACAGUUAUGGAACAUUUGUCCACAAGUGAGCAUUCAAUUUAGCAAAUAUGAAGAAUAACAUUUCCAGUAAUAAAUAAAUGUUUACUUGGGUUUAAAUUGAGCUGUUCAAGGAAUUAUACUAUUGAUUAGUACAAUAUUAGAUUGGGGUUUUUUUUGGGGGGGGGGGGAGGGGGGGUAUCUGAGAAGAUUAGGAAUUAAGGGAUCCAUAAAAUCAAACAUUACUGACAUUUAAUUGAGACUCUUAUGGUCCUGAUGUCUUUGAUCAGUGUCAUUUUUGUUGUAAAACUUCAGGUGUGAUUCAGCUGAAUGUGACCUGAAGGCCAGUCCUCAAGUUAAACAACUGACCCUCACAGAAGUCAAAACGAAUGUUGUGUUUGUGCAGUAAACAAACUUUACCAGUGGUAAGCUGGGACACGAGUACAAGCUGUGGCAUGUGGCAAGUACAAAGUGGGAACCUGGAAAAUAAUGGUGUUUGGUUAAGUUAAAUAUAUAAAUGUAUUUUCCUGUAUCUUGGCAUAUUCAGGAUCUGACAAGAGCUUGAAAUGAACUUUAUAUUUGGCUUUCUAGGUUAUUUUUUUUUUAAUUGCUCCAAUUAAUGUGAUAUCACACAAGGUAACAAUGGCUGAUAAUGUCAACACAAUACACAAUAUAGUCACUUGGUAUUUCCUGACAUUGCAAGUUAAAUAUUAUCACAUAAACACUCAAACUGAUGAUCACAUACUGGCUUAUGGGAUAAGCCACCACCAGGGGCCCAGGUUUAAUGAACACAGAGUAAGUUAAGCCUGAAAUGAGGGAAACUCUGGGUAAUAGUAGAUGUCAAAUGUCAUUUUCCUCAGCCCCAAUCAAUUAAUGAAGCAGGAUGAUGACAUUAUGUUAAGGAUAAAGCUGCUGCACACUAAAAUAACCACUGAAAGAUGAUAAAUAAUAAUCUUAUGUUUACUUUGUUUAAUAUGUCAGAUGUUACAGUAAAGUCCAACCAUAAAGCAGUUUAGGUUCAAUGCCAUUUCAACAGUUUUCUCAUGUGAUUUUUUAAGAGUGAUUAAAUGCUAAACUUGCACUUUGACUCAAGCAGCAAAUUUUCCCCAUGCUGUGAAAGAUGUGCUCAUACUCAGCAUAUGCCUGCAUGACAACUACUAGUUCUAUGGAGGAAAAAUGGGGGGGGACCUCUUUUUCUCACUGGCCGUUGCCAUGGUGAAUUGUAGUAUCAGGGCUCCAUUAAUGAUGGCUUUUUAUAGUUGUGGUGCACGCGCUUCACUCAGUCAGGCUACUCAGAGUUGAUUCAACUAACUCAGAGUCUUGAUAAGGUAACAGGUCUGGGUCAGGCUGCUCUGUUGUAUAUGGUCAAAAUGUGCAUGUACUCAUUUGGAUAAAUGCAGCAAACAAAAAUGCUAUGAUGCUGUGUUUUGAGCUUCAGGGUCUUUGUGAUAUUCAAUGGAUGGUUAACCAAUGACAUACACAUGCAGUUGUUUCAAACAGCAUUUAUUCUUGUGUGAGAAAAUAUUGUCUCAGGCAGAUGAUAGAUCUUGCAGUACAAUUCAAAUCUCAAGAUCAGAAAUCUCCUGUGCCACCCAAGAAAAACAACAGAAAAAAAAAAACCUAUCAUAGAUUAGUGCGCUCACUGCAGCAUACAGAACUCAGGUCUUGUGCCACCUUACUUCUAGAUAGUAUGUUCUGACAAGUUGGUAAAUACCAUCACUAUUACAAAGAGCUACUUA